AAAUGAAAGUGAAAAGCAAAAGUGAGGAAACGUUUGAGAGGUGUGGGAAGAUAGACAUUCACACAGACAAGGUGAGCCUAAAAUAAAAAAUACAAGGAGUUACCCAGAGAAACACAGAGCAAGAGUGAAAGUGACAGACGGACAGACAGAAAACAGAGAUAUAGACAUGAAGACAGAGAGACGAAAGCUGCCAGUUGAUUUUUCAGCAUGAAGGAACUCCAUGUACACUCCAACUUUUAACUGAAAACCUUUCAUAGUUCUGCUUAGGUGAAUCUGAGAGUGACACUAAUUUGGAUAUAAUAACCACCAAGGAAAGAGCAGUGGAGAGGGGUUCUGGGUCAUAUGAAAAUGAUCAUAGAAAGCAACUGAAGGACAUGCGUAACUUAAAUGUUUUUGCAGUUGCUAUUGAGAGAAAAAUCUAAGGGUCCAGGGGGAUGAGGACAAAUUGAGCUGGACAGGGAACUGGUGCGCUUAUGUGGUGACACGAACAGUUAGUUGUGUUAUGGAGGAUGGGGUGGAGACGUACACCAAACCGGACUACCAGCGCUGUACCUGGGGCCAGUGUCCUAGAGUGGUCUAUCGAACAUACAGGAGGCCAAGGUAUAAGAUAGCUUACAAGAUGGUGACAGAAAUGGAGUGGAAGUGUUGCCACGGUUACUCAGGAGAAGACUGCCAAGAUAGACCACACGUAACCACUGACACUCAGGUCAUCGGAGGGCGGCCUCAUGUCUCACAGACGGGCUACAACACAGAUGGUGGGCAGAGAGGAGAAGGUGAUGCUGAGAAGAUCAGACACCUGGAAGAGACCAUCCGUGGUCUGACCAAAGACCUACACAACAUGCAGACAACUAUUCACAACCUAAACCAGAGGCUGCCCGGUCUGCAAGGGGCAGUUGUCCCAGCUGAUUCAGCUCAGCCACACAUGAAAGAAACCAUCAACAACAUUCAGACCAAGCUGGACCAUCUCUACAACAGGACACAGGUCCAUGAUCAGACUCUGCUCAACAUCAACAACCACCUGGUGAACGGUGGGGGCAAUGAACUUGAUGGAGAAGGACCUCAGGGGAACCAGCUGAACACUCUGAAGGAAGAGAUACUAACAGAGCUUGAGAGAAGAGUGUCUUUGUCCUGCUCUGCCUGCCAGGCUGGCGUGGAGGACCUGAGGCGCCAGCAGCAGGAGGACAGGGACAGGAUCAGAGCCCUGGAGAAGCAUUUCAGCUCUGUGGACCAGCACUUUAGACAGAGCCUGGAAAUCUCACGCAGUGAGACUGAGCGCUCCAAAGCCUGCUGCAGCACAGUCACUGAGCUGGAAAAGAGACUGUCUGCUGUAGAGGUCCAAGUCACCUCCACUGCUGACAAGUGUGACACCAUUAAAGGGCAGCUGGAUAACGAGCUUGCUGGGACAGGUGGAGGAAAAGGAAAAGUGACAGAGGACCGGUUGAACAGCAGACUGAGAGACUUAGAGAAGAGGGUGAAUAACACCAUGAGGAAGACGGAGCAGAGGUGCAUUAAUACUGGGAGCACCACAAAGGACACUGUCCAGAGAGACGUCACACACCUGCGCAACAUGGUCCUCAGUCGUCUGGAUGACCACAGCUUCAAGGUUGGAAAAAUAGAGCUGGAUGUGGCUGUUCUUGGAGAUACAGUGACAGAUCAUAGUCGACGUUUAGGUCAGCUGGAGAACAUCACGGCCUUCCUGGACAAAAAGCUUACAUCGACAACAAGCAUCUGCAGCGAGACCUGUGGGCCUGAUGGAACAGGCCGACAGACUGAUGACACUGUGAAAACCUUACAGUGGAGAGUUGUAGCCGCUGAAGAGGAGAUCCAGAAGUUUAACACCAAGUUAAAUGAUUUGUCUGUGUCAGGAGACUCCCUGAGUGACAAGGUGAUCAACUUAAUGGAUGAUGUCAAAAGGAUCACUGCUGUGACAGGGAGGAGUGGUGAGCACUUCAACCGGAUUGUCACAGAGGUUGAAACAUUAGGCCGUAAGUUUAAGGACUGCUCAAUUUGCAGCACUUUAAGAGAGGAUUUGCGCUCACUUACCAACUCCACCAUGAGUGGUCUCAAUAGGUGCCAGACAGAGCUGACAGAUCUGCGGACAAAAGUCAACUCGGGGGAAUCUGUUUGCUCUCAGGUGUGCUCCAACCUUCAGGAGGAGGUGGGACGGCUCCGAGAGGAAGUGGAAGAGUGUACUGGACAGUGUAAAAACAACAUAAAUGAUUUGAAGGACCGUCUGGACAGUCAUACUGUCCACAGUGGACGAUUAGGAGGGGAUCUGAAGUCCAUUCAAGGAGCGCUGGCUGGGGUCAUGUUCACAUUUAACUCCAUUAAUGACACUCUGAAGAGCCUGGGAAGAACCAUACAGACACAGGGGAACACACUGACUGACCUUACCAACAGUAAGAAUAACAUCAUUUCUGAGAUAAACAACCUGCAGAUUUUGCUGACAGAGCAUGUCGAUGACUCAAAGAUUCAAUUCGACACCCUGGACAAAGAGAUCCAAAUAAUAAGAAGCAACUAUCUGACAGAGGUGGGGGAGUGCCGGCGAGGCAACGAUGGCCUGGACCAAAGACUUUCCAAGCUGGAGGGAGUGUGCAGCCGCUUUGACUCUUUUUCAGACAGCCUGGAGAGGAUCAAGGAAGGCCUGAACCAACACGUGUCUGGGUUAUGGAGCUGCGUCAAUGGACUCAAUGUCACGGUAUCAUCUCAUGGACAUCGUAUUGACAAUAUCCAGAAUGUCCAGCUGGAGCAUGUUCACACCCAGAUACACAAGCUGAACUCUUCACUGGUGGACUUGACCAAGGAGUUCGACAACUUCAUGGAAGAGGACUUCACAGGUCCACCUGGUCUGCCAGGACUGCGUGGAGAGAGAGGUGAGCGUGGACUCCCUGGUCCAGAAGGACCUCAGGGGAGGGUGGGACUUCCAGGCAGACAGGGUGAGCAGGGACCAGUAGGACCCCCAGGUCUCAGAGGUGAACAGGGUCCUGCAGGGUCUGAUGCCCUCGUUCCACGCCUUUCUUUCUCUGCUGCAUUGACUCGUCCGAUGAGGAGUGCGGGAACCAUAGUGUUUAAUGAUGUCUUUGUCAAUGAAAAUAAUGUCUACAAUCCCAAAACAGGUUAUUUCACAGCUCCAGUGAGAGGGAAGUACUUCUUCAGUGGCAUUCUUACCGGUCACAAGAACAUGAAGAUCGAGGCCGUGCUGUCAAAGUCCAAUACUGGUGUGGCCCGUGUGGACUCUGCUGGGUAUCAACCCGAAGGCCUGGAGAAACCCAUGGCAGAAGCCAAGCAAAUUCCUGGAGCUCUGGCUGUUUUCAACAUCAUACUGCCUAUGGAGGUCGGGGACACAGUCUGUAUUGACCUUGUCACUGGCAAACUGGCCUUCUCCUCCGAACCUUUGACUCUCUUUAGUGGGAUGCUGCUGUACGAGACAAUUUGAUUGGGUGUGAUUUCAUUAUGUCUGGGCUUGUCUGCUGGACUCUUAACAGACAGAGCCACUGACUAAUCAGAGGGUGAAAUAACUGGACUGGAUUUAUUCAGCAAAAAGAUAGAUACUUUAUAUUUUGCCUUAUGUGUGUUAAGUAUGACAGAACAAUCCUUUUCAACCACAAUGAUUUGUUUUGUUCCACAACUUUAAGGAAAACUAUUUGUACAAAGAACCAUUGUGUGUCUGUGCUUUUUUGUUUUGUGUUGUUUUACAAUUUCUUCAGAAAAAGCCACUUCCGGGUCAUCUUAUACUUCUACAUUUCAUACAGUGUAUAAACUUAAUCAAAGGAAGUUUGGUAAACUGAUGAAGGAUUAAGCAUGUGGAGUUUUUGUUUGUUAUCCACCCACAGCAUAUCAGCAUACUCAUUUUUUUUCUGUUUCUAGUGUAGUUUCUUUUCUUAUUGCUCAGUUUCAUUUUUACCACAAGUGAAUUCCCAGAAACCUAAUGUUGAAUGCCAAUUGACUUACAAAAAUACAGUGAUGUAGGAGGCAGGGGCCAUUGUCCAAACCACUAAAAUAAAUUCCUUUGAAAGAAAUGCACAAAUGAAGUCACUUACAGUUCAACUGAGAAACCACAGGAUUUUAUAAAGCAUACAGCAGCAAAACAAUAAGGCCAACAUAAGGGGAAGGGAAGGAGGAUGGGCAGGGUGUAGACUGAGCCUGUCUUCUUCUGUCCUAAUAAGGGCAUUGAACUCCAUGGAGGAUCAAGUAGUUAAAGUUAUAAAGCUGUUAGUAUCAGUCCAUCUUACAGUGGAAUUCUUAAAUAAAGCUAAUAAUAACACACAAUGAAGCUACACCUUUGGCACUAUGCUUCAAAUCUUGCCUGCCUUUACAAAUCAAAUACAAAUGCCUCCAGAAGAAAAUAUGUGUAUGAAGUCUAGUUUGUAGAUAUUCUUGAAGGGAUUUUUAGAGGCACACUGCACAUUUUCUGCAAAGACAAUACAGCAGAUUGGGCCACACAUUGCGCUCAAUUUACAUUAGAAUGAAAGGAGCCCAUGAGUUAAUAUCAGCUUGUCACGGUGCUCACAAUAUGUAUUUUUUCACAUUUUAUCCCUCAGUGUUCAGUGUGGGAAUGAUUUUGUUUCUAUGCAGUGUAUAACCAUGAAGGAAUGUAAAUAUUCGUAGCAUUUUUGCCUUUAAAACAUUUUUGCCAGUUACCACUUCACAUUGCCAGGUACUGUAUAUGUUUUGUAUGUUUUUGACGCGUGUGCCUCAAAUACAGAUACCAGGUUUUAUACAACUGAUGUCAACAGUCUCACUU